UGCGUCAUUCUGUUUCCGGAAUUGCGCCGCCAUUGAAACAGCAUCAACCAACGUGAGAUUUUCGUUGCCGCGCCAAUAACUAUUGCAUUUCAUAUUACAUUGAUCUCUUUCUUCUAAAAAUAUCAGGAUAUUGCUCGGAAGAAUGGCGUACAGAGGACAAGGACAGAAGGUUCAGAAGGUCAUGGUGCAGCCCAUCAACCUUAUUUUCAGGUAUCUACAGAAUCGUUCUCGAAUCCAGGUUUGGCUGUAUGAACAGGUCAACAUGCGGAUAGAAGGAUGCAUCAUUGGAUUUGAUGAGUAUAUGAACUUGGUUUUGGAUGAUGCUGAGGAGGUUCACAUGAAGACCAAGAACAGGAAGCCACUGGGGCGGAUUAUGUUGAAAGGAGACAACAUCACAUUGCUGCAGAGUGUGUCCAAUUGAUUGUCUGUUAGUUCAUUUGGAUAUUAUUUGUUUGCUGUUAGAUUGUUGGUUUUACUUUUUCAUUUGUCAAUAUUUGGUAUAUUUUGACCCAUGUUUAAAAUUGUGAAAAAGUUUUGUUUCUUUUCUAAAUUUCAAAAAUAAAUCUUUUUUUUUUCUCCACUG